GAGGCCCGCGCGCGGGGCCGGCUGUUCUGCCGCUUCUUUCUGGCGGGCCGGGUGCGGCCAUGGAGGGCGAGCCGCCUCCUGUGGAGGAGCGGCGGCGGCUGCAGCAGGAGCUUAGCGAGUUCGUGGAGAGCUGCUGCCGGACGCUGGAGGAGGUGACGGCGUCCCUGGGCUGGAGCCUGGAUCGGCUGGACCCCGGGGAGGAGGGGGCGGCGGAGGAUGACGUUGUGAUAUGCCCCUAUGAUUCCAAUCAUCACAUGCCUAAAUCAUCUUUAGCAAAGCACAUGGUAUCUUGUAGAUUGAGGAAACUGGGCUAUACCAAAGAAGAAGAGGAUAAAAUGUAUAAUUCUGAUUUUUUCUAUGAGAAUGUGAAGAUACCUUCAAUUACUUUGAAUAAGGACUCACAAUUCCAGAUAAUUAAACAAGCUAGAACUGCAGUUGGAAAAGAGGGUGAUUGUUAUAAUCAAAGGAUUUAUUCUUCAUUACCUGUUGAAGUUCCUCUGAAUCACAAACGGUUUGUUUGUGAUCUAACACAAGCUGAUCGUCUUGCCCUCUAUGAUUUUGUAAUGGAGGAGACGAAGAAAAAGCGCUCGGAUUCUCAAAUUAUUGAAAAUGACAGUGAUCUCUUUGUAGACUUGGCUGCCAAAGUCAAUCAAGAUAAUAGUCGAAAAAGUCCAAAGUCUUACCUUGAAAUCCUAGCAGAAGUGAGAGAUUAUAAAAGAAGACGCCAGUCCUAUAGAGCUAAGAAUGUUCACAUAACCAAGAAAUCAUAUACUGAGGUGAUACGGGAUGUCAUAAAUGUGCACAUGGAAGAACUCAGUAGUCAUUGGCAGGAAGAACAGGAAAGACCAGAGGAUGAUGCUGAAAAGAAUGAAGAAAGGCGAUCGGCUUCAGUAGAUUCACGGCAGUCUGGUGGAAGCUAUUUGGAUGCUGAGUGUUCACGACAUAGAAGGGAUCGGAGUAGGAGUCCACAUAAAAGAAAAAGAAAUAAAGAUAAGGAUAAAAACUGGGACUCAAGAAGAAGGAAAGAGAGGGAUGGGGAAAGACACCAUAGUCAUAAAAGAAGAAAGCAAAAAAUAUAAAUGAGCAACAUCGUGAUUCUUGGAUACCCAGGAUAAAGACUCCAAGGUGGGUUCCAAAGAGAAAUGAAACUUUAAUUAUUUCAAUAAGUGACUGAUAAUGACACAAAGGUUGACUGGAUUUAGAUCAGAUUGGCUGUUAGGCUUCAGGUAUGAGAAACAACUCUCAGAUUUAUAAGUUGGAAAUCAACUGUUCACUUGCCAAUUUGAAGUCUCACUACUGCUGUUGUACUUCAUUUCUAAAUAUAUAAAAUUCAGAUUUAAAAAUCUUAAGGAUUUUGGCAUUAUAAUGUUGAACCAUGUAAAAUUGCUGCUUUUGUGGGUCAAAACCAUUUGAAUCACGCAAUUUUAUAUAUUGUAACUUAAUUUAUCAUUUUGUUUUUCAAUAUGAUUUCAUUGAUUUUGCUGAGUGGAAGAAACUGAAGAGUAAGAUUGAAAGGCAUACUUGGGUUUCUGGUAGAAGAGAGAAAUAAGUGGAAAGGGGGAUUGGGGAAAAGUAGGAUAGUAUGGAAAAAUGUAACCAGAGUGCCCGUUUUUGCAGCACAUAUGCUAAAAUUGAAAUAAUACAGAGAAUAAUACAGAGAAGAUUAGUAUGGUUUCUGGGCAAGAAUGACACGUAAAAUGUAACCAGGGUUCUUUACAGAUUUUUAAUAUCAACUACUGCGAACUAUCCAUUAAAAUAUAGAUGUAGAUGAUAAGAGGCUUUGUUUGAUCCUUGCAUGUUUUAAUUUUCCAUGCUUGCCUCUUUGUGUUUCAGACUCCUUCACUGGAUUAUGGCUCCUUGAGAGCAGGUUUUACAUUUUUAUCAAUAUAACCCCCCCCAGUGGUUGUCAAUUUAUUAUCUUAAAUUUUGACAGAAGCA